CGUCUUGUAUCUAGAAUCAAAUUACAUACCUUGACUCGAACUCUCACAGGUACCUUGAAAUUUUGUUAGGCGAAUUGUGCUGUCUGGAGUGGCGGAUGUGGGGUGCGGGAGAAGAUCUAUUUAGGUCGUCGGACCGAUCCCCACUUCCACCAAGAACGCGCAGCUGCCGACCUCUUCGAUAAGUAGAAACCCAGCUUUUGAUGUAGGGCAUCACACCGAAUUCCAAAUUCCAUCUCUACUCUCGACGGUUGAUACGAAAGUACACCCUGAUGGCUGACUUUCAUUCUGGGCAAGCUCAUGGAGAGGGUCGGGGCGGGGCCUACAGUGCUUUCAGUGCAAGGCAUAACGAGCAGUCCAAUGAGCCGAUAGCUUGCCGUCGCUGUCGGAAGCAAAAGGUGCGAAUGGCCCAGCGAACCCCCUUCAAAUUAAGUGAUUACUGCUCCAAUAUCGAUUGAUUGGACCGCUGAUCCUGAAUCUUGUCUUGGAUUCUAGUUGCGUUGCUCGAAGGAGAAACCAUCCUGCAGGAGAUGUCAAAGCAUUCCGGUCGUCUGUACUUAUCCACCUCCACCAGACAGAAGGCUUUUAGCAACUCAAAGAGCACGAAAUCCCAAACUUCAUAUCCACAGAGAACCUGAGGCUUCCGACUUCCAAGAGCGGCAAAAAACCUCUAAUGCCACUGGACGACCCCCGGCUCUUCAAGAACCAGCUACGCUGUCGCCUCAAAUGGCCCUACUUCUUAUUGGGAUAUACUUUUCUCGUCAUUGGAAUGCUGAGCUGAUGAUCCAUAAGCCCAGCUUUACUUCCGAUUACUUCGAUAACAAAGUCCCCGAUUUCGUAUCUCUAAGUAUCUUUGCUCUGGCUUCAAACUUCCUACGACAAACUCCACAGCGACCCUGCCUCGACGAGAAUAGUAUCAUUGCAGAUACCCUGCAGUUGACAGCAACAUAUUCCAGCAGUCAUGCACGAGAAUGGGCCGCAACUGCAGGUCAGCAGGCCUUGUCAAGGAUCGAUAAACCUUGCCUCGAAGCCAUUCAAGCAUGCCAAAAUCUGUCAUUUUACUGGUUCUAUCAAGGCGACACGGAUCGAGCAACCUUUUACACAACUACUGCAUACCGAGCGUGUCGCCUGCUGCGCUUUCACCGCCAACAAGCUAGUGAUAUCGACCCACUGCUGGUUGAAGUAAACAGACGCUGCUUUUGGUCAUGUUGGAUAACUAACUGCAUUAGCCAAGAUAAUGCAGGCUUUAAGGCUGAAAGCUGGAAAGAGGUGGUAGGGCUUCCGUUACCAUCUGAUCAGAAUUCGUUUCUGUUGGGGAAGCCUGACUCGAAGGAGAUCUUUGCUCCUAACGGAGAUAUCGUACCUAUAAAUGUCGAGCCUAGCCAAAAUCCACCACCUUCAAUUAUGAGCGAGUGGGAGGUUCAACACUUCGUUAGACAACAUAUGGAAAGCUCUCAUCGCGAUUCUCUCAGUAGGCUCCCUACAUUCUUAGCGCUAGAUCGACGCCUCGAAAUCUUUCUCGAAAAACUUCAUCCAGACUUCCGUUAUUUCGGCCUCUCAUCUUUAACACCCCUUAAAACCGACCCUUAUAGGCUCUUUUCUCUUCUUUGUAUCUAUCAUCUAUGUGCUUGUAUUCUGCAUUCUUCUAUUGUUCCUGUCUUCUCCGGUGUUGCCUCAGAUCCUCAAAUCUCUAAGAGAUUUUCCAGAAUGUCGGCUAAGGAGGCUAUCAAACACUCUACUAUUGUCCUUGACAUGGCAACGACGUUUCUGAACAUUUGUACUGAUGUGACACGAUUGUCUGGCAUUACUGGCUACGCCUUAUUUGUAUCCUCCUCCGUCCAAUUCAAAUCCCUUAGCGCUCAAGGCAAGCUACAAAAUCAUGGCAUAAGUCGUUGCGAUGCUGCAAUAUUGAUGCUACAGCACCUUAAAGAAUACUCGCGUCCACUCCAGGUCAUAUGGACAAACCUCAGUUCCCUCUUUUCUUCUGCAAAUAUCGACGUUAAUAGCCUUUCUCCCGGAAAUGGCAACAAAGAUGGAGCGUUGGAUCCAAAUACAGACAUCGGGAAAAUCGUCUCUGAAAAACCUAUCUCUCGUGAUAGUACAAGCAAUAUAGACCUCUAUACCUACUUCCCGGAUGCAGAGUCAGCUAGCACUAAUUCCCCGGGUAAUAUACAAGAAACACAGUCUGCAGCAAACAUACUGAAGACGAUGAAACAGAGUGCUGUAAGGCAAGAAAUCGGGUUGCCGAUACACACUAGUCAUACGACUAUGGCCGGUCCACCGAGUACGCCCAUCUACCAUAUUUCUGCACCGAACCCCCAGUCGUAUCAUGCGCCUUCCCCUCAAUCCCAGGUUUUCGACCGCGGUGUCGGCAUACAAGAUAGCUUCGACAAGCUAGCGACGUCAAACUCCGGAAAUUCAUCAGUGGCGAGCUUUACACCGACAAACGGGGCAACAGAAGGCGCAGGAUUUCAGUUUCGAAUACAGGGACAGGGAGAGGCAAGUAUGAUGGAUGUAGCGCCGGUGGCAAGAGGGAUUGAUGGGACGGAUCUUUGGUGGGAUCAAAAUUUUGAUGAGUUUGAGACAGAUCUUUUUGGGUUCUUGCACGGGGAAUACCCAUGGAAUGAGGGUAGUAAUUAUUUUGCUUAUGGAUAAUAAUUCUAACGUCGC